CCACCUCACACGGAUCUACCAAAAGUUUUGAUUCAAAACUACAUUGCACUCUUCCAACAACACAAACCAUCAUAAGUCAUGCUGUCUGUUCACCCGACUCAAAAUUGAGCCCCAAUCGGCACAAAAACUGGUCCGACUCUACAGUGCGCCGUGCGUGUUGACGCCACCUGCGAACGCCAUGGGCUCCCCGAGUGCGUGCGAUGAAUGCGGCAAGAAGUUCAAGGUGUUUGGCCUCAAGAAGAAGUGCAAACACUGCAUGGACGUUGUGUGCAAGGGCUGUCUGGCCGCCCACCUCGAGCUCAAGCACACGCAUCUGAACGCUCCGCCUCGCGGCCUGCGACGUCGCAAGUCGCUCGAGAUUUUCGACGCGACAGGCAACGACGACCAGGAGCUGCAGUUCCUGUCCCCUAUUGGCUCUCCGGACUUGGAGCUCGAAUACGCAGACCCAGAGUCUCCCGACGUGCUGGACGGCGUGGAAGGAGUGGAUGCGGUGAGUGACGAGGAGGACGACGGGGAUUUCUUGGACUACGACGCGGAGGACGACGCCGAAGACGACGAGCUGAUCAUGACGACGCUAGCGAGACAGUCCUCUAUUGAGGAGGAGGAGAUUCAACACCGCGAGAUGAACAAGAUCCAGGGAGCUGUGGCGACGUGGGCGAUUAAGGAGAAACAGGCGAAAAUGGACAUGAGAGUCAGCAAGAAAGAGAGCUACUGCUCCAUGGCCCCUGUCUUCCAAGAGGUCUGUGACUAUGAGAACUGCAGUGUGUUUGCAGUGAGCUACGCAGUCAUGGCCACAGUGGUGGUUUGGGCGGUGUUUGGACUGCUACUGGCUCUGUACCUGCGUGCACGGAGCUUGCCAGUGGGGUUCAGCUACGUGCUCUAAAUGCUGUUGGGUGGAGACAAAUUUGGGCCUCAAUGUCCAGAAUGAAAGUUACAUGUAAGCUAAUUGAAGAAAUACGACAGUCUUUGGUCGCGUUUGGGAGCUGCACCACGCGGAAUCUGGUUGAAAAUUUCCAAAUGUUUGGAUCACGUUCUCAAUAUCUGACGCUUCGUUAAAUUACCCCUAAUUAGACAGGUUUCGUGCAAUCAAGCUGCCACUCGA